GGCUGAGCCGAGCGCCGAGAUGAGCCUGGCCGAGGGCCGCGCCCCGCGGAGAACGGCCGGGAAUCGCCUCUCGGGGCUGCUCCAGGCCGAGGAGGAGGACGAGUUCUACCAGACCACCUACGGCGGCUUCAACGAGGAAUCCGGGGACGACGAGUACCGUGGGGAGCACUCAGACAGUGAUGACGAGGUGGAUUCAGACUUCGACAUUGACGAGGGCGAUGAGCCAGGCUCAGAGCAGGAUGAGGCCGAGCCCCGGCGCCGCCGCCGCAUCCUCACCAAGGCCUACCGGGAGCCGCUCAAGAGCCUGCGGGCCAAGAAGACAGAGGGGCCACGGGGAGGAUCCCAGAGGAGUAGGGAGGUGAAAUCUGUACCCUUGGAGCUGCAGGAGGAUGUGGGAGACAGCCGGAAGCAUAUGCGGCAGUCCACCACGGAGCACACCCGGCAGACGUUCCUGCGGCUUCAGGAGCGCCAGGUGCAAUCCAAGCGGAAAAAGGGAGGCCCCAACUAUGAGCGGCCCCUGACCCAGGAGGAGCUGCUGGAGGAGGCCAAGAUCACCGAGGAGAUCAACCUGCGUUCCCUGGAGAACUACGAGCGGCUGGAGGCGGACAAGAAGAAGCAGGUACAGAAGAAGAGGAAGAUCAUGGGCCCAGUGAUCCGGUACUGGUCCCUGACCAUGCCCCUCCUGCCCGAGCCCGGCCGCGAUGACCCCGUGGAUGUUGAGGGGCUGGACCCCGACUCGCACGCUGCCACCACUGCCCCAUUACCCCCGGCGAAAUGCUCUCGCACCUUCAUCUCCUUCAGCGACGACGCCACCUUCGAGCGCUGCUUCCCCAAAUCCAAACCGCCGCGGCUGCCGGUGCGGGAGCUGUGCCCCGUCACCCACAAACCGGCCCUGUACCGCGACCCCAUCACCGACAUCCCCUACUCCAACGCCCGCGCCUUCCGCAUCAUCCGCGAGGCCUACAGGAAGUACAUCACGGCCCACGGGCUGCCCAGCGCCGCCGCAGCUGCCGCAGCCAUGGCAGGGGGCAGCGAGAGCCCCGGGGCGCGGCCGGGGAGGCAGAAAAUCGUCAUCAAGCAGAGCGUGCCCAGUGCCUGAA